UGGCCGACUGACCAUGUUCCAAGGAUGAAGGAGAAGAGAUUUGAGCGUUUGAAGCGCUAACACUCUUAUUCAAAUAACUGCAAGAAGGUUUAGACCAUGGCCUCUGACGGUGGGAGUCUAACCAACUCUCCAAUGCUGGAACAAGUAUUUGUCAACCCCGACCACUCGAGCCAGGUUCUGUACCAACUGUCAGAACUGUGGCGGGACAAGAAACUCUGUGAUGCCACCAUUGAAGUUGGCCCAGUCAAGGUUUAUGUUCACCGUCUUGUGUUGUUGGCUGCCUGUCCAUACCUGUUGACAGUGGGUGGACAACAUGAGGUAUCCAUUUUGGAAGUGAAGCUGCCAAUGACAGUGGGCCUGGAAGGCUUAAACGUCUUCCUCACCUACUUGUAUGAUGGGGUCUUGCAUCUCACUUCAGCAAAUCUCCGAUCUGUUGAAAAACUGACCAAGAUCCUUAAGGUGACUAGUAUCCAGAAAUUCUGUCAGGAAUUCCGUGAUUCUAAUAAAGAAACAGGUACUGCUGAUAAACUAGCAACAGACUACAGUCUUAAAAUGACAAACUCUAGCUUACAGAUCAUAUUUUCAGAAAUCCAAAAUGAAUUGAAACGCGAAAAUAUAGAACAAGAAACAGAAACACCAAGUAAACGACCAAGAAUGAACUUGGACAAAUUAUCAGCAGCAUUACAAAAAAAGACUAGUCAGUCUGAUUCUGUUAAAGACAAUGGUAGAGGUCACUCUGUUUCCAAUGUGUCAUUAUCCGGACCCAGUGAGAGCCAGAGUGACAAAAAAGAAGUCACUUCAGAUCCUCUUGUGAUGCAUGUGAAGGAGGAGCCAAUGUCUGACUAUGAGGAUGAGGAUGACGCCAGUUACAGUGAAGAUACAAGUGAAUCCCUCGGCUACAGUGGAACGACAGACUUUGUGAGGCAGGCACCUUAUGACACUCGACCAUUUCCUGAUGAAACGUCUGUAACCAGUGGAAAUAAAAUGAUUGUUGCCAUUCCACCUCCCCCAUCAUUACAGAAACGUCCUUCACUUCGACAAAAAUCAUUCCCGCCCAGUGCUCAGCACGUCUCACAGACUAGUGAAACAGUUUCAGGUUUACCCAGUGAAAAUGUGAACUCAGGGGAGUUGGGGGCUUCAGAUGAAGGCAAUGUAGAUGCAACCAAGGUGCUCAAAAACAUUGUUAAGUCUAUGCCUGAGAUGGCGAUGAAUCUAGGGACAUCGUCAGAAAUUGGAGAAGAUAACAAGCCAAGGUCCCCGCGGACGACGCUGACUCUGAACCAGAGGAUAGAAGUAAUCAGGUAUCCGCGGACGACGCUGACUAUGAACCAAAGGAUAGAAGUAGUCAGACUAUCAGAAAAUGGCUACAGUUCCCGCAUGCUAGCUAAGCACUUCCAAGUUGGUCGCACACAGAUCCUCAGAAUUCUCAAAUAUAAGGAGAAGUUAUUGGAAGUGUAUGAGAUAACUCCAAACAAGGACCAGUGGAAACGUAUUGGGCGGCGGACGGAAUAUGAGGACAUUAACAAUCGCCUGUGGAGCUGGGUGCAGCAACUGAUGGCAUCAUCUGCUAGUAUCCGUAUCUCGGGUCCGCUUCUCCGAGAAAAAGCACUGGAGAUUGCUAAAGAGACCAAAAACACAGAGUUCAAGGCAUCCAAUGGCUGGCUGUCAUCUUUCUUAAAAAGGAAUAGCCUCCAUUUAGACAGCCGCUUCAAGUGUCAAAAUAUUGAGCCGUCAACAUCUAAACCCUCCACUCACCACAAACAUUCUACUGUUGAUCCUGCGGAUUUAAAAGAUACAUUCCAAACAGAUGGUUCUUCAAAGGACUUCUCUGGAAAUAUCUCAGCAUAUGAUUGUUCCCCUGGAUCUUUUGAAGAGUUCUCACAAAGCUUUUCUAAAAACGAUGUCGCCAUCAAUGAUUCAGUAACACAUAAUACUCCCACAGAGGACUUCCCUGUAGAACGAAACGAUUUCAUCUAUGAUAAUUCAGUGAAUGACUGCUCCCUCUGACAUGAGGAUACUGAUGAUUGAUCUAUUUCUGCUGAAAGUUGUUUAUAAUACUGGCUCAAAGUCAAAAGAACUUUAUGUAUUGGCUGUGAUAUGUUAAACAUUUGUUGGUUGUUAGUGUCCAUUGAAGGUAGAAUAAUGACAGAUGCACUCUAAAUGAACAUGGAAUAGUAAUUCAUCUUUCUGUCAGACAGGUAAAGAAUGUCUGCUUACAUAGAUAUAUUUACAGUUGCGUUGUAUGUUGUUUAGAUGAAUGGGCUGCGAUGAUCGAGUGUUUAAGGCGUCUCGCCAUCUUUAUCACUAGCCUCCCCCCCACCUCUGGGUUGUGGGUUCGCGACCUAUGUAAGGCAGUCACCAGGUAUUAGCUGCAGGUCAGUGGUUUUUCUACCGGAACUCUGGAUCCUGAAGUGACCCUGGUUGUUCGUAGGACGUAAAGCAACAAUAAGCCAUCUCUAGAUGAAGCUUGUCAUUGCCUGUAUUUAUAUCAAUGAUAAAGGUACAUGGCUAUUAGGUUUGUGCGAGAGUAUGUGAUCAUUUUUUG